CUCCCCCAAUCCCUCCACCCACUUUUCCACCUCAACUCCAGACACCAGACGGACUUUGUUGGAGCAAAGACUUGGAACAAAGUCAACAAGUUUUAGCAACAAUGUGACACAUUUUCCAUGCAAAAAAAAAAAAAAAAAAAAAUCCACCAACCCAACCUUCCUGGAUUAUUUUCACCACACUGAGUUGUGACUGAAAACGAUGUUGUCGAGUCAAUGCAUCUUGGCGGUGCUCCUGUGCGCCCAGGCGGUCCUCGGUUUCUCGGUGGCCGGCCAUCAUCAUCAGCAGCCACCGCUGGUGAGCACCUGCGAGGCCAACGGUAGCGUCUACUACGUGGGGGAGUGGUACUUCCUGGACUCGGACCAAUGCACCCAGUGCGAGUGCACCGCCGAGGGCCCGGAGUGUGCCCGCACCGAGUGCACCAGCCUGCCGGCGGCUUGCAUCCAUGUGAGCCAUUACCCCAGCGACUGCUGCCCCCGCUGCGAGAGGAUCGGCUGCGAGUACCGGGGGGUGGUCUACGACCUUGGGCAGAACUUCCAGCCAAGCGAAUGUGAGCAGUGCACGUGCGACAGCUCUGGCAUCGCCCGCUGUUUGGUGGCAGACUGCGCGCCCCCACCGUGCGUCAACCCUGUCUACCAGCCCGGCAAGUGCUGUCCUGAGUGCAAGGAGGGUCCAAACUGCUACGCGGACUCAUCCCGCAGUCGGGUGAUUGCCGCCGGCGAGCCAGUCUGGGUGGACUCGUGCACCAAGUGUCGUUGCCAUGACGGCCAGGAUGUCGGCUACUGGGAGGGCAACCGGCUGGCCACCUGCUCCCGCCUCAAAAAUUGCACGCCCGAGCAGUCCGAGACACAAAACUGACACGUCAUCCAUCUUGACUCACAUGCAAAUAACUUUGAUGUGGCUAUUUAAAAAAAAUAUAUAUAUAAAAUUAAAGGCAAUAUGUGAUUCUCAA